UCUGCCGGAGCGGGAGAAAGGGUUUCGGUGAGGCUCACUGCGCCGGCGCGCGGGCGCGAGCGGUUGAAGCGCCUCUCGGCGUCCGAGGACCUGGAAUUGUUCCUUCGGCCUGCCCCGUUCGAAGUCCCCUGAGCGAGGCCAGAAGAGACUGCCGCCUUCCGAGCACCGUUGGCCCCCGGCUCCGAGGCCUCUCGGCGCCCGGCUGUGGCCCUUGCCCUUUGACCCCGUGGCGGCGGGGUGAGAGGUCGGGUGGCCAUCUUGUGGCGGCGGCGCGGGCGGCUGUUACUGCGGAGACCUGUCCCCUCCCCCAGCCUGAUACCCCUAGCUGUCUGUCAGUCUGCGGAGAGCCCUGCAUCCUGUCAGGGGAGGCCUGGGCCGAGUGCGGUCGCUCUCUCAGUCUCACCGGGCGGCCCAGGCCGCUCCUCACCGGCGCCACCAUGUCCUCCUUCUCGGAGUCGGCGCUGGAAAAGAAGCUCUCGGAGCUGAGCAACUCUCAGCAGAGCGUGCAGACCCUGUCCCUGUGGCUCAUCCACCACCGCAAGCAUGCAGGACCCAUCGUCUCCGUGUGGCACCGCGAGCUCCGCAAAGCCAAAUCAAAUAGAAAGCUUACUUUUCUGUACUUAGCAAAUGAUGUCAUCCAAAACAGUAAAAGGAAAGGACCUGAGUUCACGAGAGAAUUUGAAUCUGUCCUUGUGGAUGCUUUUUCUCAUGUUGCCAGAGAGGCAGAUGAAGGCUGUAAAAAACCUUUAGAAAGAUUGCUGAACAUCUGGCAAGAACGAAGUGUGUAUGGCGGCGAGUUCAUACAGCAGCUGAAGCUGUCUAUGGAGGACUCCAAGAGCCCUCCCCCCAAAGCAACAGAAGAGAAGAAGUCUCUGAAACGAACUUUUCAGCAGAUACAAGAGGAAGAAGAUGAUGAUUACCCCGGAAGUUACUCUCCCCAAGAUCCUUCUGCAGGCCCCCUCUUGACUGAGGAGUUAAUCAAAGCGUUGCAGGAUCUGGAAAAUGCUGCAUCAGGGGAUGCUACUGUUCGACAGAAGAUUGCGUCCCUGCCCCAAGAAGUGCAGGAUGUGUCACUGCUAGAAAAAAUAACAGACAAAGAGGCAGCUGAACGUCUUUCAAAAACGGUAGAUGAAGCAUGUCUGUUACUAGCGGAAUAUAACGGGCGCCUGGCAGCGGAACUGGAAGACCGGCGCCAGCUGGCUCGGAUGCUGGUGGAGUACACCCAGAACCAGAAAGAGGUUUUGUCAGAAAAAGAGAAAAAGCUAGAAGAGUAUAAACAGAAGCUCGCACGAGUAACCCAGGUCCGCAAGGAACUCAAGUCCCACAUUCAGAGUUUGCCAGACCUCUCGCUGCUGCCCAACGUAACAGGGGGCUUGGCACCUCUGCCCUCUGCUGGUGACCUCUUCUCAACUGACUAGGACAGGUAUCAUGCUCCAGGUUCCCGUGUUUGCCAGAGAAAAGAAGCAGCAAGUCACUGUUGGAGACAGCCUUUUGGCCCUGGCUCCAUCUCUUCAGCCCGCAUCCGCCUCAGGAAUGAAGCAGGGAACCCUGACUUCUCAUUCUCCGGCUCCCUCCUGAGCACAGUUCAGAACCGUGCAAAUGGACUCAGUUUUGACUCGUAUUUGCUAAGAAUACUGAUUCUCCCUCCACUCAUGUUCUCAUGCCCCUGUUGCUUUCCAUUCUUAGCUCUCUCUUACACCCAUAAGCCAUGAAAAUCAUGUGUAUUUCCGCAAGCUUUCAAGAGAGUCUUGCCCCAGGUGACAGCACAUGUCAUGGGUAGCCUCUUUCUGAGCUGGGCUUGGCCAGGUUCAGAACAGGCUCCCAGUGAGGGACUCAGGCUUCAGGCGUUGGCUCUCCUGGCUACCAUCUGCCCACAAGGUUGGCAGCCACAAGAAGUUUGCCAAAUUGCUGACCCUUCCUGAUCCAACUACUAGAGAAGUGUUGGCAAGGUUAGAUGUGAUGUUUUUCAAGCAAUCUAGAGAAUCUAGUAAUAAUAUCCAAAGCUGAUCUGGGACAUAAAGUCACAGUGCAGGUACAGAGUAACAAGGAUGACAAGUCAUUUGUCUGGUUUUCCCCACAGCCUUCCCAUGCCACACUUCUCAAGGGUCUCCAGUGUCAGAGCACCUCCCUAAAGCAGGGCCCUCUGGCCCCUGGUGCUGUGAAGGAAACUGUCCGGGUUGGCAUGCCCUCGCCGAUGGAUGUUCCACAGGUGGAGUCUGGACUUUUACCCUUCCUUUGGGUACUGGAGUAUACACUGACUCCACCAUGUAGGCAUUCCUCCACUGUACGGUGACUAAACUAUCAGCUUUGCAGAUAGGACACUGAGCAUACCAGGCACUUGAUGCCACUCUGUGCAUCCAUGCAGGGAGAGGAGCAGUCAUACACACAACUCACCUCCAACAGAGGAAGGGAACAUAGGGAGACUAAUUUAGGGUUCUAAUUCCAUUAUCAUGCCAGCUGACAUUAAGACUGAAUGAUGUAGUUAGGAUUUUUAUCUUACGUCUAGUAAAGAUCAGGCUUGGACCUGAAAAAUCCUUCUAAUCUGGCAGGCUUAUUUUUGACAUUGGAAAGGGCAGAAACCAUUUUGCCCUACUAGUGUAAUAGGAAUUAUAACCCGAAGCUGAAGUCCAAAAGCCAUAAGAAGGAAUUCAGUGAAGGGGGCCUGAGAAGCUUCAGUAUUUGGAGUUGCUGUUUUCAGGAUCACCAAAGCAAGCACACUUCGUUUGACAUGUUAAAACAAGCCCGCAGUCUGCAAAGCUGUCCCCUGCUGUAAGGUGACAGUGGUGGCACUGAGUUCCUGUUAGAGCCUGGUCUUCUUGGAGCUGUUGUUCUCACUGAGUGCAGGCUGCCAUUCCCUUGUUCACUCUGCCCAUUGUUGUGUCCACAUUGUUUUCCCCAAGGCUACAGGACAGCACUGACUCAGUGAAAUCCCAAUCUCUGCUGUGGGACACCUCCCCACACAGGGUGCCACUGAAGUGUCGCGUGGCCACACCAUUUCUCAACACCUUCCUCAGACACUGCUUUCUCAUGGCCCCAGACCAAAAGACUGUAGCAUCUCUUCUCUGCUCACUAGGAGAAAAGAUGAUAACAUAAUGGAUUUAGGUCACUGCUGUGUUUUACCCUUCGGCAUCUCUGACCAGCAAUCAGUACAUAAUUCUUACAGCAAGAUCAAGAAGUGAACCUGUAGUGAUUAUGUAAAUGAAUGUGUUGGCCUCUUAACACCUGUUCCUAGCAGACUAACUAUGAGGAAGUUAGUUUCCUUUUAAUGAAAUGCUUCGGUUUUUUAAUCUUCCCACCCCGGUCUCCCAGCUGUGUGCUUACUUCCCUUGUUUAAUUUAAAUGAAACUUCUUGUCCCUGAGAGUUGAUCUGGAGGGUGGGGUGGGUGACUUCUGGUUUUGUGUUUAUUUAGGGCAUCCAUAGGCCUCAAGGAUCUUUCCUUUAGGGUCAUAUUCCUCAGAAAGUCUUCAGUCUUUCUUUGUUUUUGUUUUUCUUAAAGGAUAUUUUUAAAGCUUAAAUUUGUAUAUUAAUUUAGGACUUUAUUUAGAAGUAUAGGCUGCCAUUGGUGACAGCAGUAUAUUCUGAAAUGUCUCAUAGAUAUAUAUUUUUGAAUAAAGAUGGUGUUGUUGAACAACAUUAUGUGAUGUUUCUUCUCCCUGCCUUGUGUAGUGGUUAGUGAUCAUCCAUGGAGAAUGCUCUGUCUGCACAGACUCUCCCCCUUGGGGCUGUUAGUGGCACAAACAUAAAACAACAAGAUGAACUUCUUUUCAGUUCUUGCUUGGAUCUUGAUUGACCAGUUAGCAGUCUACCCUGCAGAGAAAGCCAACUACAUUUUAUCCUUGUGCAGGAGUGCAGACGGCAGAGAGCAGCCAGUGACUACCCCCAACACACUGACAGCUUGGGACGUCUUUGGCUGCAGCAUUUUCAUUCACACUGCCAGGCCUCAUGGGAGCUGUUUGAUUUGCAGUAUGGUGAAGGUGCUAUAGGAAAAGUGCGAAGUAACCAAAACACCACCUUUAAAAGGUUUUCAUGGGUUUCCAUUCUGGUGUUGCCACCACAGUGGAAGACCUGGUGACUGAGUAUUUAUUAUUGGUUAAAACUCAAAGUAAUAAAGAAGGCCUUGGAAACAGGGUGCUCUGAAGCAGCCGAUGUGUUUGGAAGAUGGUUAUGAUCUUCCUAAGUGAUUGUGGUGUUACCUCCCAGGUAUGGGCUUAUGUUUCUCUCAUGAUGCAAGAGACUUUAGUAACUAUGGCCCAUCAAGACUAACUACAGCGAAAGUCCUAUUCAUUGCCAGGAAAGUUGAGACUACGUAUUACCUGCGUCCUUUUUCCCCCCUUAGAUUUUUAUUUUAAUGUGUGUGAAUUUUGCUUAUAUGUAUGUGCACCAGGUGCAUGCCUGGUGAUUCUAGAGCCCAGAAGAAGGCGUUGAAUCCCUUGGAGUUCUAGAUAGUUGUGUGCUGGGAAUCAAACCUGGGUCCUCUGCAAGAGCUCCAACAACUCUUGACUGCUGAGCCGUCAAUCUAGCUCUUUGCCAACCCUCACCGUAUGUUCUGUCUUAAUAAAAGUUGAGUGUAAAAUGUGAAUAUCAGUAGACAGGGUCUUCUGUGUCCCAGCUUUCAUGAUCUUGUUAAUUCCUUUACUCCUACCGAUAAAUAGUAUGUCCAUAAUUCUCUGUUGAUUUUAAUUAGUACUUGAGAUGACAACAUGGCUCUCAGGUCCUUACAGCUGGAGAUGGAGUUGACAAAUCUGCCAAAACAUUUAUUUGCCUUGGGUGAUUAGAGCCAUUAAGUCCAUGUGACCUAUUUGGGGCUGGGUACCUUCCUCCCAGGGCUUCAGUUUUCUGGUCUCUGAGCUGUAUGGUGAUAGAUCAUCCCCAGGCUCUCUUCUAGCCCUGAAAGCUGAGGGUAGAUGUUGCCUACAUUGCUUUUGAGAACUCUGGGUAGGAUGUUUUGGGAUGCCAGUAAUAUAAAUGAAAUAAGUGAGCAGAGUCCCAGACCUGCUAGACAGGCUUCCAUGACACCUUGGAGAUUUGGGUCUACGGGGAUGAGGACCAGGUGAUAUUGCCGAGGCCAGGAAGGUGAGUGGGUGCUUGUUGUGACUUGCUGUAUUGGGUUUAUUUGGAGUCUUUUAGAAAAAGCCAUUUCAUGGCCUGGUUUUACUCUUUCUCCUAGAAUAAUUUAUCUGACUAAACUUAUUUCUCUCCGCCUCUGUGAGGUUUUCCAUUUAAAAAUCAUUCUUCCACUCUCAGGCACAGAUUCAAUUAAAAACCCAUUAUUCCCCUGCACAGUAGGUUGGAUCCAUACAGCUUUAUGUAGUGUUGAAAGCCCAGUUUGUUCAAUUUUUUUAUACCAAAAUAGUUAUUUUGCAUUAAAAAUUCACUCCUACCACUAGGUUGAUAAAUAUUAAAAU